AUGGAUCAUCAGAUAGACCACUUGGUCAACAAGGCCUGGGCAAAAUUCUGCUCAACACCAGACGACACACGCCUAAUGAUAGCAAUAAGCGGAAUCCCAGGAUCAGGGAAAUCCGGCCUCGCAAACACAAUGGCAACACGAAUCAACAAAAUCCACGCCUCCGAAAACCCAACGGCACCGCCAAUCGCCAGCACAAUCCCAAUGGACGGGUACCACCUCACACGCGCACAGCUAGCAGCAAUGCCAGACCCAACAUACGCAGCAGCAAGGCGGGGCGCAGCCUUCACAUUCGACGGCGACAAGUUCCUCACACUCGUGCGGGCACUGCGGGAACCGAUCACGAGCACAACGCCGGACCUGCACGCGCCUAGUUUCGACCAUGCGGUUAAGGAUCCUGUCGAUGAUGAUAUUGCGAUUCCGGCGAGUAGCCGGGUGUUGUUUUUUGAGGGAAAUUAUUUGAGUUUGGAUGUUACUCCGUGGAAUGUGGCGGCGAGGCUUAUGGAUGAGCUUUGGUUUGUUGAUGUUGAUUUCGAGGUUGCGAGGAAGAGGUUAAUAAAGAGGCAUGUUCAGGCUGGUAUUGCGAGGGAUGAGGAUGAGGCGGAUAAGAGGGCCAGGGAGAAUGAUUUAGUUAAUGGACGGGAGAUUGUUGACGGGAGGUUGCCGGUUCAAGAGGUUGUUGUUAGUAUUUUUGAUCCGGUAUGGGAGGGGCUAUGA